AUGGUUCUUUCGUUAGAAGAAGUUGCAAAACAUAACAAGAAAGACGAUUGCUGGGUGAUAAUACACGACAAGGCCUAUGACUUGUCGGACUUUCUAGAUGAGCAUCCAGGUGGACCAGCUAUUAUCUUGAAGUACGCGGGGAAGGACGCGACAACGGCAUUUGAUCCUAUACACCCCGGGGACACAUUAAAGAAAUAUUUGGCACCCGAGUACCACAAGGGGGAGGUUGAAAAGAGGAAAGCUCAGCCAAAGAAGAAGGUGAUCAAGAAACCGCUGCAGCCAACGCCGGAAGAAACCAAAUCGCAAGGCGCAGGCAGCGGAAACGGAAACGUUGUCGAUGAGUAUGACGUGGAGUACGACGAACAAGACGACAAGGAGCCAAUCCCUGUACCUAGCAGCGGGGGCGCUGCAGCAAGCGAAGAGGUUCUCUUGGAUGAGGAUGGAGAGCCAUUGUCAAAGGAAGAAGUUGCUCGCUUGAAACGUAUCGAGAACAAGCCCGACUUGAGUCAAAUGUACAACUUGAACGAUUUCGAAUUCGUUGCCAGACACACCAUGGAGAAAACCGCUUGGGGCUAUUACUCCUCGGGCUGUGAGGAUGAAAUCUCCAUGAGGGAAAACCACUUGGCGUACCACCGCGUCUUUUUCAGGCCUAGAGUCAUGGUGGACGUGAGAAACGUUGAUUUUUCAACCACCAUGUUGGGCACCAAGACAUCGGUACCGUUCUACGUUACCGCUACCGCGUUGGGAAGAUUGGGACACCCCGAUGGUGAAAAAGUCUUGACUCGAGCAUGCGCCAGAGAAGACGUGAUCCAAAUGAUCCCCACCUUGGCCUCGUGUUCAUUUGACGAGAUUGUCGACCAGGCAACCGAUAAACAAACCCAAUGGUUCCAAUUGUACGUCAAUGCAAAUAAGGAAAUCACCAAACAGCUUGUACAACACGCCGAAGCUAGAGGAUGCAAGGGUUUGUUCAUCACCGUUGAUGCACCGCAAUUGGGCAGAAGAGAAAAAGAUAUGAGAACCAAGGAAUUUGAAGGCGUGAGCCACGUUCAAGGCGACGAAGACGAAGAAAACGCCGUGCGCAACCAAGGUGCCGCUCGCGCCAUCUCAACUUUUAUCGACGCCGGCUUGAACUGGAACGACUUGAAAUUUUUCAAGUCCAUCACCAAGUUGCCCAUCAUUAUCAAAGGUGUGCAAUGUGUCGAGGACGCGCUCAAGGCCGCGGAAUUGGGAUGCCAAGGUAUCGUCUUGUCCAACCACGGGGGCCGUCAGCUCGAGUUCUCGCCUGCGCCAAUCGAGAUCUUGAUUGAAUUGAUGCCCAUCUUGAGAGCACGCGGCAUCGACCAAAGCUUUGAAGUUUUCGUUGAUGGUGGAGUGAGAAGAGCCAGCGAUAUCUUGAAAGCCAUCGCCUUGGGUGCCAAAGGUGUCGGUAUCGGCCGACCAUUCUUGUACGCCAUGUCCACUUAUGGAGACAACGGUGUAGUUAGAGCCAUGCAAAUCUUGAAAGACGAAUUGGAAAUGAAUAUGAGAUUUUUGGGCGUGACCAGCUUGGACCAGUUGACUCCCGAUUACGUUGACGUUCGGAAUUUUGGAAACAGGUUUGUUCCCGAGGACAAGUUGUUUAGAGAAGUGUACCAACCUAUGAUUAGUCCACCUUUCAAAGAUGCAAAGUUAUAG